AACAGUUUCUCUAAAACUGUCUUCCUCUUCUUUUAACCCUCUCUUGCUUGCUUUCUCACUCAGCUGUCAAACUCUCCCGGGUAGCUGUGUGACAUUUUAUAUACAUGCAUAAUAUAUAUAUGUAACAGUUUCCUGUGGACACAGUUGUUGGUGCAGGUCUCUCUCUCUCUCUCUCUCUCUCUCUCUCUCUCUCUCUCAUGCUGCUCCUCUCCUGACCGCGUCCAUCGAUGGCGUCCUUGUACAGCGGCGGCUCUCACACCUUAAGCAAGGAUGAUGUGAAUUACAGAAUGCAUUUCCGGAUGAUAAACGAGCAGCAGGUUGAGGACAUCACCAUAGACUUCUUCUACAGGCCGCACACCAUCACGCUGCUGACAUGCACGGUGCUCAGCCUGAUGUAUUUCGCCUUCGCGAGAGAUGAUGGAAAUCCUGACAGUAACCUCUGGGUGGGGCUCAUCCUGGUCAUCUCCUUUUUCCUUGUCAUCAGUGUUUUGGCAUUUCCUAACGGUCCAUUCACUCGACCGCAUCCAGCGAUAUGGCGAAUAGUUUUUGGUCUGAGUGUGCUCUACUUCCUCUUCCUUGUUUUCAUCAUUUUCCUCAAUUGGCAGCAGGUAAAGCAGCUAAUGUAUUGGCUGGACCCAAACCUGCGUUAUGCCAAGAGAGAGGCGGAUAUAAUGGAGUAUGCUGUGAACUGCCAUGUCAUCACCUGGGAGAGAAUCCUGAGCCAUUUUGACAUCUUUGCCUUCAGCCAUUUCUGGGGCUGGGGUAUGAAAGCCCUGCUCAUCCGAAGCUAUGGCCUCUGCUGGACCAUCAGUAUUACCUGGGAACUUACUGAGCUAUUCUUCAUGCAUCUGCUGCCUAACUUUGCCGAGUGCUGGUGGGACCAGGUGAUUCUGGACAUUCUGCUGUGUAAUGGAGGAGGCAUCUGGCUUGGCAUGACUGUCUGUCGCUUUUUGGAGAUGAGGACCUACCACUGGGCCAGUAUUAAGGACAUCCACACCACCACGGGGAAGAUCAAACGAGCCGUGUUGCAGUUUACCCCUGCAAGCUGGACCUAUGUGCGCUGGCUUGACCCGAAGUCUUCUUUGCAGCGAGUGACUGGUGUCUAUCUGUUCAUGAUCAUCUGGCAGCUCACAGAGUUGAACACAUUCUUCCUCAAGCACAUUUUCAUCUUUCCUGCAAGCCACGCUCUCAGCUGGUGUCGGAUCCUGUUCAUCGGUAUCAUCACAGCUCCAACAGUGAGACAGUAUUAUGCGUACCUUACAGACACACAGUGCAAGAGAGUUGGGACCCAGUGCUGGGUGUUUGGGGCAAUAGCCUUUCUGGAGGCCUUGGCGUGUAUUAAGUUUGGACAGGACUUGUUCUCCAAAACACAGAUCCUCUAUGUGAUCCUCUGGCUACUGUGUUUGGCCUUCAUUACAUUCCUCUGUCUAUUUGGAAUGGUGUGGUUUGCUGAAAAUUAUGGUCCAAGAGAAAAGAGCUUCUCAGAAUGUGAAGACAGUAAUUACGCAGAAUCUGCUGACUACAUGUCCGAAGGAUUUAAAGGAGAGACGGAGGUGGACAGCGACGGCGACAGCCCUAUCACCAGACGUAGAGGGAAAAGUUUAGGAAAGACCAAAUCCAUCAACGGCCUGGACAGUCAGUAGGAGUUGGAGCUAGAUGCUGGUGGAGUGACUCCUGAACUCACUCCAAGGAGCCAGGUGGGAAGGUUCACAGGUUGGAAAAAAGAGGGGGUAAAGAUACAGCCACUUCCUGGUGUAAUUGAAGUCUAGAAAACCCCCCACCCACCGUAAGAGGGAGUAGAGACAGGAGGGACUAAGUGGAUGAACAGGUCCCAUGCAGUGUUAAUAGGAGUGCACAGAGGCUUGGACUACAGAGAUGCACACUUAACUGUGUGCUGUAGUCAUAAAAAAAAAAGCUCCUAAACCACUGAUCACAGGUUUCUGUGUGAAGAGAGAGAAAGAGGUAUUUUGUGUGUGUGUGUGUGUGUGUGUGUGUGUGUGUGUGUGUGUGAGAGAGAAAGAGGUGGCAACAAAAACUGCCAGUUAUAGAUGUGACUGCAUGAUCAUUGUAGCUGAUAGACUAUAAUUUACAAACAUUUAUCCUACGAUACAGUAUAUCAUUGAUGGUUAUUGUACAUUUGACUGGUUUACACCAGCUUUAAUUCCAGUAUGUUGGUCAACACAUUUCAAUGUUAAAAGCCAUGAUGUAGAAUUUAUCACAUUAACUGGAGCCUUUAUGUUUAUAACACAGAAAGGCUGAAGUCCUCUUUUUUUUAUUAUUAGCAUCUGUUACUGGUAGUCUAUUUGCAUCAUAGAUGUUCACACUUGUUUCCUGGGCAGGAUUUCAAUGCAAGACAGCUUUAGCUUGGUAUCGACUGAAGUUUUGUGUUUGACCUGGAACAAAGCAAAGCACACGGUUUAAGCACUUUCCAGAAUGUUUUGCAAAUACUGUACAUUUUGUAAUGUUUGAGUAUUUUGUGAAUCAUUGUGACCUUGAGUGAUUUUACUCUCCUGUCCACGUGGCUGCUAUCUUGUUUUUUCUUUUUCUUUUACUGUACUGAUAUAACAGAGGGCAAUUAUUCAAAUUCCUGCAUGUGUUCCUGCAGGCUCUACCUGUCGGUGUGUGCGGGUGGCUUCGUUUUACUGUCGACCUUCUUGUUAUUGCAUAUAUUGCAUUUGCAUGGCUGUGUCAAAUCAAAUCAAGUGUUUUAGUAGGAAAAUGUUACAAGAGUAGUCAACAGAUCUCUAUAUAACACCGCACACCAGGACACCAGUAUUGUUCUUUUUAUGUCUUUCACUGUCAUUGUAAGAUUUUAAUUGUGCCUGUUUGCAUGUUCUUUUUUUUUUCAUUCCCCAACUUUUCUCAAUUUGUUCUCAGACUAAAUUUUUGCUUUUUGUGUUUGAUUCUUCGACGCUUCGAGUGCUUUACUAAAACGUUUAUUUUCAUCCGCUCCGUCGGCAUCAUCUCAGUACAGAUAUAUAUCAUUCAUAAUCCUCGACAAUCCAGAUGUUGACCUCUGUGCAAUGGACCAGGCUCCCGUGCUACAGUAGACACUAUAAAUGGUACAUUAUCUCUGGAUUUAGAUGUCAUUUGCCAAAAGCAAUUCCGUUGAAGAUGACUUGUGCUGUUCUUUUUCACUGUGAAAUAAUGAAACAUUAAAUUGUUUUACAUUUCCUCUUAAA